AAAAGGAUAAAAAUGUCUGAUAAUCCUAAUUAGGAAAUUCAGACAAAAAAACCUCCAAAAAAAGACGAACAAAUUAUAAAACUGAAAUUAUCUAAAAAAGGCAGCACCAAACUGAUUUAAACGGUAAUUCAAAGGAAGGCGUUGGAUUGAAAACCCUUAAACUAAGGAAGUCAGAAGAAGGAGGCAUUGUAUGGCUUGUCAUUGUAAUCCAUCAAUCAUAUCAUAUCAUAUCAUAUCAUAUCACAGCAGUUUGAUAUAGUGAAUCAAUCGAUUAGACGGCUCUCCUGGGAUCAAAAUAGCUAUUCAAAUCAGAAAAAGGCAGCCAAACCCCAUUUUCAACCAUGCUGCAAAAGAAUAUGGACAAGAGUUCAUUAUUGAAUCUACAGGCAGAAUACAUCCUAAAUGAAAUCAAAGCAGCUGAAGGGAAUAACAUUGGUGGGUUAUACUCUUUAAUCAUUGAUGAUAAAGUGGAAUCAAUCUUAUUCAGAGUACUAACCAAAGAUCAAUUAUUAAGAAUCGUUACUUCAAUUGAAAAGAUUGAUGAAAAAAGGAAACAAAGUCCUUUCUUACAAGCAAUCUAUUUGGUUGAUAUGACGGUUUUCAACUUGAAAUGUAUCAUUGCUGACGUUCAAACUAAUAGAUAUAAAAAUGGAAUUGGUUUAUUUAUACCAACUUAUGAUAAUAAUACCCUUAAUUUCUUUAAUUCAUCUCGAUUCUUAUCCAAUCCCAAAAUCAAUCAAUACUUAAUCGAUAUCAAAAAUUGUUAUAUUGAUCUUUAUCCUCAAGAAUCAAAAGUAUUCUUAACUGAUAAUUUCACUCCCAAUUCAAUGCCAAUUUAUUAUAAUGAAAAUUGUUCAGAAUUCGUAUUAACUCAAAUCAAAUUAGCGGCUAAAAGUUUAGUUAAUCUAAUGAUAAUCACAGGUGAAUAUCCUUUAAUUCGAUUCUAUAGUCCCAACAAUCAUUUAAAUCAUCAUCCUUAUACUGCUUCACGAUUAUCAGAAUUAAUUGCUGAUGAAUUUCAACAACAAAUUGAUAAUUAUGCUCGUGAACAUUUGGAUUUCCCUCCUCCAUCGGAAAAUAAACCAAGAUCAAUCUUAUUGAUUGUUGAUAGAACCAUUGAUUUAUAUGCUCCAUUAUUACAUGAAUUCACUUAUCAAGCCAUGGCCAUGGAUAUUGUUCCAAGUUUAGAAAGAAAAGGAGUUUAUGAAUAUAAUUUUGAAACAGAAACUGGGGAAAUUAAUAAAACCACAGCAUUAUUGGAAAAUGAAAAUGAUCCAACUUGGAUAAGUCUUAGACAUUAUCAUAUUAUUGAAAGUUCAGAAAUCAUGAUUAAAAUAUUUAAUGAUUUUGUUCAAAAUAAUCAAUUAUUAGUAGAUAGAUCAAAAGUAACCACCACUAGUAAUAUCCUGUAUGUCAUGGCUCAUUUAAAAGGGUUCGAUGAAGAAAGAAAAUUAAUGGUAUUACAUAAAACUUUAGUGGAAGAAUGUCUUGAUCUUAAUACUAAACGAAAAUUAGCUGAAUUUGCUGCUGAUUUCGAACAAACUUGUGCUUCAGAAGGAGUAACGUUUGAAGGUGAAAGAAAUAAAACUUUACAUAAUGAUCUUAUUGUAUUAUUGGCUAGAGAUGAUUUACAUAUCAAUGAUAAAAUGAGAUUAGUAUUGAUUUAUGGCUUAUAUAGAGGAGGAUUAAUUGAAGCUGAUUUUAUGAAAUUAGUUAAAUUCAUUGGUGUUAAUGAUCGUCAAAUCAUAUCUCUUAUAUCAAGAUGUUUUGAAAAUUUACAUAAAUUAGGUUUCCCCGUUAUCAAAAAAGAUGUUAAAGAUAAAAAAGUAGUUAAAAAGAUGUUUCAUACUAUAAAUAAUCAAGGUACUUAUAAUACUUCAAGAUAUGGUACUGCCAUUAAGAAUUUAACUCAAGGAUUAAUUAAAUAUAAUUUAGAUGAAGAAUGGUUUCCUUAUUUUAGAGAUAAACCAUUAAUGGAAGAUUUACCUCCUAGUGCACAAAAUCUUAAUGAUUCUCAUUCCAAUAAUAGUAAUAAUAGUAAUCAAAAUGGAUCAUUAAGAAAUACGAGAAUUAAACCAGUAUGGGCUCAAUCCAUAAAUGCAUCUAAUUCAAAUUCUCAUAGUAAUAAUCAUUAUAAUCAUCAACCUACUAAACAAAGGAUUUUCUGUUAUAUAGCAGGUGGGAUGACUUAUUCUGAAAUAAGAUCAAUGUAUGAAUUAUCAUCAUCAUUAAAUAAAGACAUUUAUAUUGGUUCGGAAUCGAUUUUAAAACCAAGAGAUUUCUUAAUAGGAUUACAAAGUAUUGAUAAUGCUAAAAGUGUAAUGGAUCUUGAUUUACAUUUAAUGAAAUUAAAACAUAAAUCAAGUGAUCCUCCAAAUUAUUUGUUUGAAGAUGGUAGACCAAAACCUCCUCAAGCUCCAAUCCCACAACCCCAACCUCCACAAUCACAACAUUUUAAAACUACAACAUCAUCAUCGUCAUCAUCAGCAUCUCCAAAUCCAAAUUCAAAAGUACCACUGCAUUAUCAAAAACGUUCAUCAUCUUUAAGUAUGAAUUCGUCACCUGAGAAGAAAGACAAGGAAAAGAAAACUUCAAGAUUAAAGAAACUUUUUAAAUGAUUGGAUGGUUUCCACUCUUCAUUUACUAGUAAUAACGUUUUAUUAAUUUGUAUUUUAUAUUUAUUUAUAUAUA